GGAGAAGAAAGGGAAAGGGGCCGAGAAGACGGCCGCGAAGAUGGAGCGGAAGGUGUCCCGCAGGGCCAGGAAGGAGGAGGCCGUUCUGCGAUCCUAUGAAGUGUUGGCUGAUGGAGGAACGUGCUGAGCGUGGGGCUUCAGGAGGCACUGUGCAGCCUGGAGGACCUUGAAGCACUGAUAGCUGAGUUUCAGACUUUAGAUGCUAAAAAGACCCAAGUAAUUGAGACGUCCUGCCCACCUCCCUCACCCAGGCUGAAUGGCUCCCUGUCUGCCCACCCUGAGAAAGAUGAAUUGAUCCUUUUUGGAGACAUACCUGUACAACGACCUGUAUCUUUACAACAUCCGGAAAAACAGCUGGACUAAAGUAGAGAUUCCCAACCCACCCCCAAGGCGCUGUGCUCACCAGCAAAUGGCUGGGUGACUGCUGCAUUUCAAAAGCUGCCAUACAGGAUGCGAAUGUUAUUUUCCUCCCUGUGGCCAAAGCCCUUUAGAGCUUCCUGGCAGCAGUGGUUCCCACAGCCGGUGGGCAGCUCUGGGUGUUUGGUGGAGAGUUUGCAUCUCCCAGUGGGGAACAGUUUUACCAUUACAAGGAUCUCUGGGUCCUGCAUUUGGCCACCAAGACCUGGGAGCAGAUCAAAGCAUCAGGAGGUCCCUCAGGAAGAAGUGGGCAUCGAAUGGUUGCUUGCAAAAGACAACUGAUGGUCUUUGGAGGUUUCCAUGAGAGCACGAGAGAUUACAUCUAUUACAACGAUGUGUAUGCAUUCAGUUUGGACUCCUUCACGUGGAGCAAGCUGGCUCCAUCAGGAAUUGGGCCUGCUCCAAGGUCAGGAUGUCAAAUGGCUACCACACCUGAGGGCAGCAUAGUCAUCUAUGGAGGCUACUCGAAACAGAGAGUUAAGAAAGAUGUUGACAAAGGCACCCUGCAUACAGAUAUGUUCCUGCUGAAGAGUGGAGGCUCAGGCAAAGAGGAAGAUAAGUGGGUAUGGACUCGACUCAACCCAUCUGGUGUGAAACCCACUCCCAGGUCUGGCUUCUCCGUGGCAAUUGGUCCCAAUAACCGUUCCCUUCUGUUUGGAGGUGUGCAUGAUGAAGAAGAGGAAGAGAGCAUUGAAGGGGACUUCUUCAAUGAUAUUUAUUUCUAUGAUAUUGGGAAAAACCGUUGGUUUCCUGGACAGCUAAAGGGAUCGAAGUCAGAGAAGAGGAAGCGAAGACGUGGCAGACGAGCUGAGACAGACGGUGGAGAUGAUGAGGUAGAGAAGCAAACCCCACAAGGCCCGGUGGAAAUGGUCAAAGAGGUGGUGGCAGAAGAUGGAACUGUCAUGACAAUCAAGCAGGUGAUCUGUGGGCCUGCAGAUGAGAAGGAGAGGUCUGAAUCGGAGGAGGAGGAGGAGGAAGGCGCAGCCUUGGGCCCGCAGGUGGAACCGUGCCCACGUUCAAAUGCCAUGCUGGCAGUGAAGCAUGGGGUUCUGUAUGUGUAUGGAGGAAUGUUUGAGGUGGGCGAUCGCCAGUUCACCCUCAGUGACCUCUACAGCAUCGACCUGCACAAGAUGGAAGAGUGGAAAGUGCUGGUGGAGAUAGACCCAAAAACACAAGAAUGGCUGGAGGAGUCAGAGUCAGAUGAAGAGGAGGAGGAUAUGGAAGGUGCAGAAGGAGGAGAAGAAGAAGAAGAGAGCUCUGAAGAGGAUAGUGAGGAUGAAGAAGGAGAGGAGCAACACCCAUCUGUUCAGCCUGAUGAGAAGCAUGCAGACUAUCUGUCCAGGACAGAGCAGUACUGGAUCAAAGUAGCCCGCAGCAACAUGGGCCCGGAUGCCAAGGAGAAGAAGGUGGUGAAAGUGGCUCACGCCAUGGCAAAGACAUUCUAUGAAGAUUCAACCUAGGGCUGUUCUGCGAGUGCAGAAACGUGCUGGGAGCAGUGGUGAGCCCUGCUGAAAUCAGCCUAAUGUGCUAGGCAGUCAGUGUGAGCCCAGAAGGCUUCCUGGCACUCCAACCCUUGCAUACUCCAUAUGAGUGCCUCUGGACUGACUAAUCUCAAUAUGCCUGCUGGGUUAUUGCUUGGAAUAUACUGUUAUUCCCCUGGCUGGUUGUGGGAGGGACUUGGGGAACAGGAUUACUGCCCAAGCUCUGGUUCUUCUGAGAAUGGAGCAUACAAGACCAUCACCAUUUUGUUCAGAAGUUAUUUUGAGUCUGUGAAGGCAAACUGCGUAUCUCACAAUGGUUCUCUAGUCCCAAAUUCCUUAUCCUAACUGGGGCCAGAACUUGUCUCCAAGGAUUUCUACAAUAAACUUACUUGGUUACAUGA